GCCGCCUUGGGCAUUGUCGGACUCGUCCUGCUUGCCGGCUCCCUCCUCCUGCUCUGGUUCGUCAUUCUCUCCGGCCUGACCGACCGCGUUCCUCUCAACCUCGUCUACUUCUUGCGCGCCGACACCUCGGGCAUUACCGGCGCUCGCGACGUCACCCAAUGGACCUACUUCUUCUUCUGCGGCCAGGACAACAAUGACUGCGGCAUCGCUCGUCCUGCGCCUGCCUUUGGCAAGGCCUGGGAUAGCAACGCCGCCAACGUCCCCAGCGCGCUUGAAGGCCCCCACGGCGACAACACCACCUCCAAGACCUACUUCUACCUCUGGCGCUUUGGCUGGGUCUUCUUCCUCAUCUCCCUGUUCUUCCAGGUCCUCGCCCUCUUCUCCGGCCUGCUUGCCUGCUGCGGUCGCCUCGGCGCCGCCAUCGCCUCUUCUUUGACCUUCUUCGCUCUUGCUGCGCACACCGUCGCUGCGGCUCUCAUGACCGCCACUUUCGUCAAGGCCCGAGAUGCAUUUAAAGCCGACGGCCGCGAUGCUAGCAUUGGCAGGUAUGCUUUCGGCUUCGUCUGGGCCUCGUGGUUCCUCCUUUUCCUCGCCCUCGUCAUCUUCUGCAGCGGCACCCGCAAGACCGACCACGUCUCCUCCGGACGUCGCUGGGGCCGCCAACGCAGCCAGCGCAGCGUGCGUCGCUCCUACGACGGCCACCGUGUCAAGGACGACUACUCUUAG